UUAAGAGCAGUGGAUCUCAGCUUAUUCCUUCUAACUGUAAUAAUAAUAUCUCAUAUCUCUUCCUCUCUCCCCACAUCUUCCUCUCUCCCUUUUCUGUGUGUUUGAUUAUUAGAUCACAAACUCUCGUUUUUAAAGAAAAGUUGAAACUGUUCGUUUGCGCCUACUGAUAAUUUUUCUUUUGGAACUGCGAGUGCAGCUUGAUAAUGGGAAUGGAGCAAAACAAUCACAAUAUGGAAGAGGGAAUAUUGGAGAUCGGAAUGGAAUAUAGAACUGUGUCUGGAGUUGCUGGACCUCUUGUUAUACUUGAUAAAGUUAAGGGACCCAAAUAUCAAGAGAUUGUUAAUAUUCGUUUAGGGGAUGGAACAACUCGGCGUGGUCAAGUCCUUGAAGUUGAUGGGGAGAAAGCUGUUGUUCAGGUUUUUGAAGGAACAUCUGGGAUUGACAACAAAUACACAACAGUCCAAUUUACUGGAGAGGUUCUGAAGACUCCCGUGUCAUUGGAUAUGCUUGGACGUAUUUUUAAUGGUUCUGGGAAGCCUAUUGAUAAUGGUCCUCCUAUCUUGCCUGAGGCAUACUUGGACAUUUCUGGGAGUUCUAUUAACCCUAGUGAGAGAACCUAUCCCGAAGAGAUGAUACAGACUGGGAUUUCAACAAUUGAUGUCAUGAAUUCUAUAGCAAGAGGACAGAAGAUCCCUCUGUUUUCUGCUGCUGGUCUUCCCCAUAAUGAAAUAGCUGCACAAAUAUGUCGCCAGGCAGGUUUGGUGAAGCGAUUGGAGAAGUCUGAUAAUCUUCUUGAGGAUGGAGAAGAGGACAAUUUUGCCAUUGUAUUUGCAGCUAUGGGUGUAAACAUGGAGACCGCACAGUUCUUCAAACGUGAUUUUGAGGAAAAUGGGUCAAUGGAGAGAGUGACUCUUUUUCUGAACUUGGCAAAUGACCCUACAAUUGAACGUAUUAUCACACCUCGUAUCGCUCUUACCACUGCAGAAUAUUUGGCGUAUGAAUGUGGGAAGCAUGUUCUUGUCAUACUGACAGAUAUGAGUUCUUAUGCCGAUGCUCUUCGUGAGGUGUCUGCUGCUCGAGAGGAAGUGCCUGGAAGGCGUGGAUAUCCUGGAUAUAUGUAUACUGAUUUGGCAACAAUAUAUGAGCGAGCUGGACGUAUUGAGGGACGAAAAGGCUCUAUCACACAGAUUCCAAUUUUAACUAUGCCAAAUGAUGACAUAACACAUCCCACCCCUGACCUUACGGGAUACAUUACAGAGGGACAGAUAUACAUUGACAGGCAGCUGCAGAAUAGACAGAUAUAUCCUCCAAUCAAUGUCCUUCCUUCUCUCUCUCGUCUGAUGAAGAGUGCCAUUGGUGAGGGGAUGACUCGCAGGGACCAUUCUGAUGUGUCCAACCAGCUAUAUGCUAAUUAUGCAAUUGGGAAGGAUGUCCAGGCAAUGAAAGCUGUGGUUGGAGAGGAAGCUCUUUCAUCUGAAGACCUGCUAUAUUUGGAAUUCCUGGACAAAUUUGAGAGGAAGUUUGUUGCACAAGGAGCUUAUGAUACCCGCAACAUCUUUCAGUCGCUUGAUUUAGCUUGGAGCUUGCUCCGCAUCUUUCCUCGUGAGCUGCUGCAUCGUAUCCCAGCAAAGACACUCGACCAGUACUACAGCCGAGAUUCAGCUAAUUGAGAAACAAGCUUUUAAAGAGAUUUGGUUAAAUUAUUUUGGAUGAGAUGCGAGUUGUUUAUUUGCCUGUUUAGAGAUUGCAUCUCUCCUCUAUUCAUGCAGAGUAAUAAAGGUUGUUUUCCAUUUGGAUCCAAAAUUUGAAGUUGUUGAGCAGGUCAACUUGACACCCAUGUAUUCUUCCAGUCAAGGAGUGCUUUGAUCUUGUAAUUUAUUUAUUAGUCGGUGGCACCCAGUUAUGUUAGUGGAAUCGGGGCUGCUUUAAAUUUUAAGGUAUUCAUUUGAUGCUUGUAUUUCCUCUAUUUUCUUGUAGUCAGACCAUUGAUUCUUAUAUUUUUGGGAAAAAUGAGUUCUGUUA